AUGGAGAUUUCUGUUCAUAUCAAUCUGUUUUCUCUACUUCUUUUGCUGUUACUGUCACGAUCUUUCUCGUCACCAGCAAGCGAGACCUGCAAUCCAGUGGACAAAGAAGCAUUACUGGGAUUCAAGCGCGGCAUCACGGCUGACCCUUCAAGGCUGUUGCAAUCAUGGACACCUUCAACCGAUUGCUGCACGUCGUGGAAAGGGGUGGCUUGCGAUUCCCGGGGGAGGGUGGUGAACGUCUCCCGUCCCGGCCUUUUUUCGCACGACGACGACUAUACAUACGUUCUUGAAUGGAACUCUGUUCUCUCACUUGGGAAUCUGUCAUUUCUUCGAGUUCUUGAUCUUGGCAAUCUCAAAAACUUGAAUGGACCGAUACCGACUGAAUUCGGCAAGUUAAGGCGUCUUACUAUUCUUGUAACCAGCUUACAGGGUCGAUACCGGCGACAUUCAAACGCUUAUCUUGCCUGGAAAAGCUUUAUCUCGACAACAACCAUCCAUAGGAGGACUUUCAGCAUUAGUGGAGUUGUAUCUGAAUCAAAACCAUAUGACAGGCAGCAUCCCUUCAUCGAUUUCGAGGCUAAUCCUUCAGAACAACAGGCUAACCGGGAAACUACCGGCCACAAUAGGCCAGCUUGUCACUCUUACUCAAAUAUGGUUAUCCAACAACAGUUUAACCGGCGAGAUUCCCUCGAGCUUCGGCAAUUGAGAAACCUUCAAUUUUUAUAUUUGUCGAGGAACAAUCUCUGUGGUCGAGUUCCAAUUCAGGUGGUCAAGCUGCAGAACUUACAGAGAUUGGAUGUGUCGUUUAAUCCUCUGAUGGAGUCAAACCCAAUCGAGAAUAGUAAAAAGAGUGUCGACAAAACACUACAUGAUUGA